CUUCUCAAUCAUCGAACAUACGAUGAUUUUUCCGUUCCUAAAUGCUACGGAAUAUCUCAACAUCCUUCAACAAAGGAGUAUAUUCUUGUUUUUAAUUACUAUGAACAAGGUGAUCUACGAGCUUUACUCGCAGACAGGGGAGAUCUUUGGGCUUAUUAUUCAGAACAUCUUGGUGCACUUAAACCUACCAAUAAUGAGAUCACAAAGAGAUCAAGAAAUUCACAUUAUGAAAUACUCACAAACACACAUCCUGAUGCUGUUUACUAUAGCCGUCCUAUAAAUAAAUUUACUAGUCAGCCUA